AUGACCUUCGAUCCUGGCUCGCCUUGUAGCUCUGACACUAGGGGGAGGAGGUGGAAGGAGUAUUCGCAGGCUCAGCUCAAGAAGCUUCCCGUAUUGCCUAAUCCGCGACCGCGUGCUUUGACGCCAGACCCGUUUCUUGGUUCUGGGGCCAAUCGAGCACCCAUCCCUCGUUACCAAGAGUCUUGCUUCUGGUUCAAGGUUCCACCCAACAUCCGUCGAGAUAUCAUUCGCCUCGCCUUUGGCGACACACGUCUUCACCUCUUUAUCGAUUGGGACUACCUCGAUGUCCCUCGUCAGCCCUCUCAGAAACUUCAUUGUGGCAUUGCGCGCGGACCUCUUGAUGACGAGAACAUGGCCAAGCGCCGCAUCAAGCGCCUUAAAGACGAGACACAGCCAGAGAAAUGGCAAUGGUGGGGUUCAAGAUGCCAUCGCAUUCAUCCUAGUGACGAUGGGACCCUGGGCCCCAUGACACGAGGUGGCUCUCUGGGCCCAUGGGCUGACUACUGCCGGAGUGGCGGGAGUCCAGACAUUUGUGAAGCCUGGAGGCGUCAAGAUGGACCGUCAGCAUGUCACAUAGGAGUAAUGGGCUGGUUGUUGUCCUGUCGCCAAAACUAUUUUGAAACUAUCGACAUACUCUACUCCACCAACACCCUCAUCUUGGAAGACACGUGCGUACUCAACAGUCUCCCGAAAAUACUAUUACCUCAGAGACUUGAGUUGGUGACCUCACUUGAGAUCACCUGGCCAUUGAGAUCUUGCAAAACGCCUAGCUCGAGAGAAUUUUGGGAAGAUCUGGACGUACGCAAUCUCGACAUCAUGUUGGAUUUUGUCUCACCGUCAAAAUUCCCAGCCCUUGGUCGCCUUUACGUAUAUCUUCCCUUGGAGGAUUAUCAUGAUCUAUUUCCUCACGACCAUUCUGAUCAUAUGGACAUAAUCAUGAAUCGCCUGGAUUCGUGUGUGCGACGGAUGACUCGUCUAACUGAAUGCUCAUUCGCGUUACCUACUGACCUUUUUGAAGAAAUACUCGACGAUGCAAAAGAAACACAUAGAGAAGUUAUGGUGGGAUACGACGUGACGGUACGAUUGGAUUCAUACAAGCAGAUCUGGAGAGAUGUCGAUGGUAAUAUGGCGACCACGAAGCUUCCUUGCCUAGACAGCUAUCCGAAUAGGCCAUACCACUUGUCCCAAGAUGUCGAGGGAACCGCUGGCUACUGGAUCCUGGAGGCAUCAGAAGAAGCUGUAUACUUUAGUCAUCUUGAGGAGUUGCGAGCUAAGGGUGCGGUCUUUCAAUGUGGUCCUGAGCCUAAUCCGGUUGGGACUUAUUGA